AUGGAUGACACCGACAAGUCAAGAUGCAGUGGAAAUCCGAUGGACUACUGCGAGAAUGAUCCCACCAACCCACGCAACUGGUCGAAGACGUGGAAGUGGUCAAUAGUUGUGCUCAUAGCCUGUUUAUCUGCUGAAGUACAACUGUGCACAAUCAUCGCCGCGCCCGUCUCUCCGCACAUCCUACAAGCCUUCCAUUCGAACAACCUGCUGUAUCGCACCCUGCUUGUGACAAUCUGGGAGCUGGGGGAGAUCUUCGCCCCCCUAGUCUGGGGCCCUCUCUCCGAAUUCUACGGGCGACGCUGGAUCCUCAACCUAGCCAACCUGCUCUUCAUCACCUUCCUCACCGGCACCGCGCUCAGCACCAGCAUCCAGAUGCUGGUCGCCUUCCGGUUCCUCAGCGGCCUCGCAACAGCCUGCAUCCCAAUCGGCCCAGGCAUCGUGAAAGACCUCUUCGCGAAAACCGAGCGCGGCCGCGCGAUGUCAGUCAUGUCGCUGACCAGCGUGGUCGGCCCAGUGGUCGGCCCGAUCAUCGGGUCGUAUCUGGGCGAGCAGGCUGGCUGGCGCUGGGUCUUCUGGCUGCCGACGCUUCUCUCGAGCCUGCUGGGCAUUCUGAUCCUCGUGCUCUACCGUGAGACCUACAAAGUCGUCAUCUUCGCGCGUAAGGCCGCAAUGCACCGUUCCCGCGCCGCCGGCACCACCCCAUCCCUGCUCCGCUCCAAGCACAUACGCACCACCAUCCCCGGACCCAAACUCCUAAGCACAGCCCUCAUCCGACCUCUUACCCUGCUAUCACACUCCCCAGUCCUCUGCCUUAGCACCCUCCACCUCAGCACAAUCUACGGCCUCACCUACCUGAUCAUGACGACCAUCGCCCCGGUCUUUCAGGAUGUGUACGCCUUCUCAGAGGGCGCCUCGGGUCUAGCCUUCCUAGGCCUCUGUCUGGGCUUUACCCUCGGCGCUGUGAUCUGCAGCGUCCUGCUAGACCGGUACAUUCGAUCCCGUAGUCCCCCCGCAGCAGCACCAGAGCACCGUCUCCCCCCGCUAUUUCCCGCUAGUCUCACGACAGCAGCCGGGCUUUUUCUGUUUGGCUGGGCCGUGCACUACCGUGUCCACUUUAUAGUGCCCAUCGUAGGCACGGCAAUGGUCGGCCUCGGGCUGGCGGUUACCUCUGUGACGGUGCAGACGUACGUGGUCGAUGCGUUUGGGGUGUAUGCCGUCAGCGCGAUUAGUGCGGUAAUGGUUUUCAGGAACACCACGGCAGCGUUUCUGCCGUUGGCGGGGCCGCCGUUGUUCGGUGGGUUGGGGUAUCGAUGGGGUGGUACGGUUUUGGCUGGUGUCGUUUUGGUUGGGGCGCCGGUGCCGCUUGUGUUGAUGCGGUUUGGGGGGAGGUGGAGGGGGAGGAACUGUGGUGGGGAGGUCUGAGUAGAUAUGGGAGAUGGGAGAUGG